AUGGACUACAAGGAUUUCAAUAACAGUAAACGUGGAUCGUCUUUACUGCGACGAUUUGAGGCAGGGAUCAAACGGAAUUGCAAAACGCUUCCCAUACCAUUUCAGUACUGCAUCUGUCAAUAUGCAACAUCUGCAGUGACUGAUGAAAAGUUGAGACAAAAACUAGCUAUAUUUGCUGUUGAACAACUAGAUCUACUUCUACAAUCUGAAGGAGUUUCGUCUUCGUGUGAGAAUGUGAAACUGAAAAAGGUAAACGAUGUGAUUUUUUGCAUAUUGGACUAG